AUGAGCGCGAUUGAGAGAAAGGUCGACGAAUUCGGAGUCACACAAAAGAGGAUACUUCUUUUUAUCCUGGCCUUAGUUGCCUUCUUCGUCGUCGAGCAAAACACGGGCAGAAUCAUCGAUGCCACCAAGUUAAAUCUUAAAUUCAACGAGAUUGACUUGCGCGAAGAUAUUCCAGAAGACACCGUCUAUCACCAUAAAAAUGGACAGAGACCGGCUGUAAAGACCACUGCGGCCAGAGGAGAACUCAAGGAGGUCGAGCCCGAAGUCCACGCGUCCGAGGAAGAAAUCGAAGAAGCACAAAACAUGUGUGAGCGAGAUCUUCAUUUAGAAGACUACAACACGAUGCCAAUCGUCUUCCUUAACAGUUUCCCUGGUGCUGGAAACACCUGGUCGAGAAUUUUGAUCGAAGACGUCACUGGAAUUUACAGCGGAAGUGUCUAUCACGAGGCGAAAAUGGUCGAUGCUGGAUUCAUCGGUGAAGCGGACGAGCCAACCAGCGGAAGAACUGUCGUUGUCAAAAACCACGGACAGCAUGACAUGGAAUAUGCUGACGGCAUUAUUUACGUUAUUCGUAACCCGUACGAUGCUACUAUCGCUGAUUACAAGCGUCAAGUUGGACACUCUCAUACGGGCAAUGUUGAUAUGGCUGUUUUUGACAAGCCGGAAUGGAAAGCGUUUCAAAUGCAACACCUCAAGCGAUGGUACUCGAUGACAAUGUGGUUUCCAGAGUACGCGACCAAGGGCAACAUCCCCUUCCACCUCAUGUACUACGAAGACAUGAAAGCGAAUGUGACAAACGAGAUGGUCAAAGUUUUGGACUUCUUUGAUGAGAACUACAACUUCACCACAGCCGAUCGUGAUCGACGUGUCAAGUGUUUGACUAUGAUGGACGACAAUAAAAUGCAUCGAAAGUCUACUCCUAUCAAAAAGGAAUUGUUCUCCGACGAAGCGAUUGAAUUCAUUGAAGAGAAAAUGCGAUUUGUACGAAAACUGUACGAAGUCCGCGGCUGGACCCCGAUGAAGACCGAGUACUCCAAGAAAAACAAGAUUCUCGAUUUGCCCAGCGAAGAAGAGCUACAAGCUUUCAUCGAAGGAAACGGACACUCCAUCUGGCGCAAGAUCGACCAGCGACUGGGCUACCGCCAAAAAUACCUGGACAGCGGUCUCAGCGCAAAGGACUUCCUUGAAAGUCCCGAUGCUCCCGACCGACCAAACCAAUGA